AUGGAUAAUCCAUUUGUAUAUGGUGGUCCGCUACAGCACAUUAACCCAUUAGACGGAUCCUUCAACCCAAACUGGGACACGACCGGGACAACUAUUGAAAGUCAUGCAGAUAUAUUAACAGGUAGAGGUGUAGUAGUGUGGGGUGGCCAAGGUACACCUAACUUACCAGGCAAUGGUCCAAAUCAUAACGCCAAUCGUCAUUCUAGACCAUAUUUAGGAGGAAAUUUCAAUCCUUUAUAUCACAAGAAGAAGAAACUGGCUAGAGAAACAAGAAGUCAGCCUUAUUACAAUCCACAUCAUUAUAAUCCAAAUCAUCUAAAUCAAUCAACAAGUCAUUAUAAUAACCAACAUGGUAAUUAUCAUCAAAACAACCACCAGUCAUUUGUGAGAAGAGGAGUUAAUAAUAAUCGAGGUGGAAGAGGGAGAGGAAACUCUCACCAUGGAAAUGGAGGCCGUCCAGCAAUUGGACAAGGUAGUUUUAAUCCAGCAGUAGGACAAGGAAAUUAUCAACGUUUAGCAAUUGAAGCUUCCAAUAACGCUGAAGGAAGUAGCUCAGGAAAUUCAAACAAUCAAAACAAUCAGUAA